CGCGGUUGUUAUGGAGAAGCUUUACCCCGCCGAGCUGCAGACAUGGAGCCGCUACUCGGGACAUAACCACGGCGGUUAACGCGGAUAUGCCUUCAUCAGACCCGUAGCGCCGGCCUUCAAGCGAACAGGUUCCUGGUUCGGUUCCAUCGUGCCACAGAUCUUAAAACUGACUCCUUAGGAUGGCUGUGCUUCAUUUUCUCGCUCUCACACUGGAAUUUAAACGAGAUUCACUGUACAGGAGUUAUGGAUCCGAAUCCUGAGGAGCUGCUCCGGGGCUGCGAUGAGGAACCGAGACCUGCUGUGAGAAUCUGCUGCUUUUUCUCUGCUUAGGCUUCAUUUAGAAGAGACUCUUUUUUUUUUUUUUUUUUUUUUUUCCCCCCAUGCUGGAGAAAUGGCAGAACGUCAGCGUGGGUCGACUUUUAGUCCUCUGUAAAGUCCAGAGUAACCUCCAGGAGGACCAGGAUCGGACCAGAUCAUGACUUUUACUGCUUCCGUCCUUUCUUAUUAGUUUUUUUUAUUUAUUUUUUUCUCAGUCAAGCGUGUCUUGCCCUGCUGUACUUCGACCGCUAUCACUGUUAAACCAAGAAACUAAAGGCGCUAAAACAGGAUUGAACUUCAAAGUCAGACUGUAAAAAGCCCGGUGAGAUGGAGAAGGUCAGCUCUCCACUGUAACGCACACGUCUUCCCUUCUGUACCUCCAGAGUUUUAGCUCUAUUGUAAGGUGAACCUGAAGCUGGCGAGUCUCGGCUUCUGCUCGUCAACACGUUCACCUCCUUCAGUUCUUGACCUUGCACUGUCCUCAGGCCUCGUCCGAAACCGCAGAACAAGGAGAAAGAGCUCAAAUAAAGAAUGUUUGAUUUGAGAUCAGGAAGACUGAACCUGUAGAAGAAUUCAUGCUGGAUAAAGUGUCCUCAAGCCCGAUGUAAAGGAACUUGACAAUCAAGAACUUGACAUUUUUUACAUUUUAUUUUAAACUAAACCCUUGCCUAAUUCACUUCAUAAAAAAAAUAUAUAUAUAUUUAUUUUCCAUUAAAUAAUUUCAUUGUCACUUUCUCCUCCUUGCACACUUUUAGACUAUUCAUCUCAUAACAGUUUCUGUUUACUUUAACGUUUUUCGUCUGAAACUAUCGCUGAGCUGAUGAACCUGGUGGAACUGAGAAGGUCCAAAGAUUUCAGGAGCAUCUCCACAAUCAGGAGACACAAAGCUGUACAGGAACCACAAGGCGACCCGCUUCUGAGGAGGUCGCAGGAAUGAGUACAGCGUCAGAGAUCCCCUGAUCACGAAACGAGCGCAAACCAAAAUUUUAUUUAUUUAUUUUUUUGUUGUUUUUUUGCUGGUUGUCUGUGGAAAUGGCGGAGCACGGCGAGCUGCUGUCCGAGAUGUCGAACGUGAGCCGACUCUCCACGACGGAUCGACUGAAGCACGCACAGAAGAGACGAGCGCAGCAGCUCAAGGGCUGGGCGCAGAUGGAGAAGGAGAACGCGCGCAUGGCGAAGAACAGCGUCGCGCACCGGAAGAGCGGCGCCGAGAGGAGGGGCAAGAAGGACGGCGGGAAGAAGGUGAGGUUCCCCAGCAACAUCACGCUGCUGGAGGCCGCCGCCAGGAACGACAUCGACGAAGUGAGAGUGCUGCUGAAGAAUGGUGUUAGCCCAGACCUGUUUAACGAAGAUGGACUCACAGCCUUACACCAGUGCUGCAUUGAUGAUUUCGUCGAUGUGGUGCGCUGUCUGCUCGACUGCGGAGCGAACGUGAAUGCGUGCGACAGUGAACUCUGGACUCCGCUUCACGCCGCGGCUACGUGCGGACACACCGGCCUCGUCCAGAUCCUCGUCCAGGCAGGAGCAGACCUGCUGGCGGUGAACGCAGACGGGAACAUGCCCUACGACCUGUGUGAGGACGAGGCCACUCUGGAGCUGAUCGAGGUGGUGAUGGCCGAGCGGGGCAUCACUCAGGAGCAGAUAGACGAGUGUCGCGCUGCCAAAGAGAGAGACAUGCUGACCGACGUCCAAGCGCUGAUUGACCGAGGAGACAACCUGAACGUCAAGGACCAGCAGGGGGCCACUCUGCUGCAUGUUGCGGCAGCUAACGGCUACUUGUCAGUGGGAGAGGUGCUGCUGGAGCGCAGAGCAGCCGUAGACGAGACGGACUCGGACGGAUGGACGCCGCUCCACGCCGCCUCCUGCUGGGGACAGCUGCAAAUGGUGGAACUCUUGGUGGCUCACGGCGCCGAUCUAAAUGCCAAGUCUCUCCUGGAUGAAACUCCACUGGAUGUGUGUGUGGAUGAGGAAGUGAGGGCGAAGCUACUGGAGCUGAAGCACAAACAUGAAGCUAUCAUGAAGAACCAGGACAAACACAAAGGCUCGCUGCAGAGACGAGCGUCCAGCGCCAGCAGCAGGGGUAAGGUGGUGAGGAGGACGAGUGUGAACGAGCGCAGCAGUCUCUACAGGAGAGAGCACCAUAAGGAGGCCAUGGUGUGGCAGGACCGAGGCAGACAGGACGGACAGACGGAGGACGAGGAUGAGGACAGACAGACGGACGCCGAACUCAAAAACAUGGCGGCGUCCACCAGCAGAGUCCAGGAUGCCCGUCACCCCGAUAACGAGCGAGGGUUAGAGAACGGAGACCGGGACCCGUUCGUAGGAAAUGGCGGCACCUUCGUGGCUUCCUCGUCCUUGGUGCCUGGAGAGUCGCGUAGCGGUGGACGCAGGGACCGCAGCGCCUCCUAUCAGCUGACUCCGGCACCGGCGAACCUGGACCCCGGUGACACGGACAGCAUGACGCGGGACAAAUCGCAUCAGACUCUAGCGGAGCUGAAACGGCAGAGAGCUGCCGCAAAGCUUCUGAAACGCCAGGCUCCUGCUCCACCACUGCUUCCUUCCACACAGGAAGAGGCGGGGCCUGCCGACCAGCCGGUCUACUACACACCUGCGAGCGGAGAUCCACCGCUACUGAAGCUAAAGGCACCAGAGGAAGAGGAGCCGGCCAAUCAGAAAGAGCCGUGCUGUGGACUUAUGUAGGGAGUGACGUGUGCACACACACA